AAAGGGGGUCAAACUCACUGUGAACUCUUGAUCUUGUCUUUAUUUUAGUUGUAGCCAAAUGAAAAUAAUGGUAGUCUUGAUGCAACAAGAACAGAUUGCUUGCAUUCAAGCUUUCCAAUCAAGUUUUCAUUCAUACCACGCGGACGAUGUGCAAAUAAUCGAUAAUAAUCUGCAUCAACAAUGGGUAAACUAAGCUUGAAGCUGAAGAAGACGGCAUCAAAGCCAGAUGCUAAAGAUAAGCCGUCAGGUCAGACGUCCAUCCAGACAUUUUUUACCAAGGGCCCCGCUGUCAAGCAGAGUCCACUGUUCUCUCGUGUCGGGGACAAGAAGACGAAACAACACUCCCAGAUCGAAUCAUCCGCUUUGGAUUCAGCUAGCAAUGUCCAUCACAAUGCAGAUGAUGAUCUGGUGACGGUAUCUGAUCACGAACAGGAUUCAGACACUGUGAUUGAGGCAACACCAACCAAGUCAGACAUUGUGAUUGACGGAACACCAAGCAAGGAUGACAUUCUUGUUCCCGACACACCAGACAGGCUUGAAGCCUCACCAGUGCUGCAACCGUCACCAUUUCGCACUCGAAAGCCGAUCUCACUGAGGAGAAAGCACUCUCUCCCCUCCGAUUCCAGUCCACCAGCCAAGCUAUCCAGCAAGGCAAAGUCUCCUGGCGCGGGUGUUAAGUCUGGACAACAUCGUUUGCCUGCAGUUCCCGUGAGUUCGGAUUCCUCGGUGUGUCCUUCUGUCAGUCAUGCAGCGUCCAAGUCGAAUCCGUUUGCGGUGGCAACAUCAUCUAAAGCUGUGCUGCCACCAUCCAGUCCGCUGGAUAUCCUAUCCCAGUACUCUGGCAAAGCCAGCACCAGCACCAACGGUAGCAGAGACAGCAACGAUGCAGGUACAGCUGCAGUACCGGUUCGUACGCACGGCGAAAGCUCGAACAGCAAGUCAGCUUCAUCGGCAGUAGGUGAGUCACAGGGCUACUCACGACACUCGGUGCUCGGCUGUUCAACAGCCAAUAGUGCGUCAAGCACUUCACUAUCACCGUUGACGACUGUGCCGUCGUGCUCCAUCAGGAAUGCUACCACCACCACAACCGCUGGAGUGGCGGCAACUUCUGAUGUCGGCUCUGACAUUGGUAAUGCCAGCGGUGUUGGUGGUAGUGGUGGUCUGGCAGAUUCAUCCAUCACCGAUGAGGAUCUGAUGCUGCUUUACGGGCAGGUUGCAAGCUCUCCUACCCCCACCACGGCCACUACCACCGCUGCCACCUCGCACAAUCCUCAAUCAACGUCCUCGUCCGAUAAAAACUGCUCACCAUUGUCGCAGCGACGCAAGAUACCGGAGUGCAGUUCGCCCACACGACAAGCGCGUGUCAAUGUGAAGUUGCCCACUCCGAAGAAAUGCAAAGAGCCGCCGUGCACUGGACUGUCAGCACUGGUUGGUGAUUCCCCAGUCCCUGCUACUCCACAGAAGUCGGCUGCCAUCACAAGUAUAGGUAGUUCACCGGGGGCGAAUACGUCUCUAACGGCAGAGGACUACUCAGCGCUGCUUGAGAGCUGUCUGCAGAUGACGCCAAUGAAGGAAUCACCGCUCAAAUCAAGUGCGACCAAGGACAAAGCUGCUGCUAGUCAAUCGCAGAAUGAGAAACAUGCAGUGGUAUACCGGCGCUUUCUCGUCCUGGAGGUGUACACACGUGAUGCUACGGUCACCAAUGGACAGGCGUCUUGGACUGUCAGUGAGAAAGUGCUACGCUUGCUGGAUGAAAGACACAGUGAGGAGCGGCAAUGUCUUCUCCGAGAUGACUGGCUGCAGACCAGCGUUGAACCCGGUGAUAUUGUGCACAUCAGCGGCCAGUUUGACACCGGCGGGCACUGCUUAUUGGCCAACAGUCCCGGUCACCAUGGUCACGUGGUCGUACAGCCCGACACGCUGAUAUCCACCACUAGUGUUGCCAUGGCAACGCGCUGCCUUCGAAGAGCUGUGCUAGGCGAACGAUUCAAGGGUGGUGGUAGUGAUGUUACGGAGGCACUACUCAUCGGUGUGUUGGUCCAUGAGCUGUUCGAUAUGACAAUGAAAGCCGGUGACUUCAGUCUUGACUAUACCAGACGUACGGCACGGCAACUUUCCCAACGACAAGACUUCCUUCACAUGAUGUAUGCAGCGCAGCAGACACAGGAAGGUAUUAUGGAGAAAAUCCUGCAGCAACUGGCCACACUUCAAGAGUGGUCCGCGAAGUUUCUUCACGAGGAGCCGAAAAUAGCGCAGGGAGCUCUGGACAUGGCUAGUACCUUCCAAUCUCCGUCAGAUGAGAAGCAUUCACUGGCUAUUUCCAAGCUCCAGGAUAUCGAGGAAAAUAUCUGGUCACCAAGAUAUGGUCUGAAAGGCAAAGUGGAUGCAACGAUUGAGGUCAAGAUUCACAAGCGGAGACCGCUGAGUGAUACGAGGAACAAGCCCGCUGCACGUCUUCCAGCCGUGGAACGGGUCCGCUGGUCUCAGGUGCCGCUGGAGUUGAAGACUGGACGACAAACAGCUAGCCUGGGCACUGUCGAUCAUCGAGCACAGGUUAUCCUAUACACCAUGAUGCUAUCGGAUGCGCAUGUCUCUGAAGUGCCGGCCGGUCUACUCCUCUACUCCAAGACCGGCAAAAUGCUGUCGGUGCCGGCUCAGGAACACGAGUUACGGGCGCUACUGAUGCGCCGUAAUGAGCUUGCUCGCUAUCUGAGUUUGGGCAUAAGUCCCAGCUCGGCCUGGACGGCUCACCGCGGUGCUGGUCUGCUACCCGCCAUGUUGCAGGACGAGCACACGUGUAGAUACUGUCCACAACUGGCAACAUGUGCCCUGUUACACAAAUCGGUGGAGAACGGCACGGCGGAAUCCAGCGGCAUGGGCAAGUAUUUCGAGGAGUCCACGGAGCACGUGUCACAGGAGCAGCUGGACUUUUUCGCUGACUGGUAUCGCCUAGUGGGUUUGGAGGCAUCGUGUGCAAGUGCUGAAAACGCUCUGCACAGCAUCUGGACUGUUCCCGCUGAAGAAAGAAUAUCAGCUGGCCAGUGUUUUGGUAAUCUGCAGGUAGACCAGGCACAGCGUAGGGGAGGGAGCUCAUCCUGGAAAACACGCUUCACAUCAGCCAACCAACAUCAGCAACAGCAGCAAAACUCUCAACUGUCAGAUGGUGGUAGCAGUACAGCAGGGUCAACAUCAUUGCUAGACAUACCAAUCAGUCCAGGAGAGAUGAUAGUACUGAGUGAACAGAACGGACGUCUUGCACUGUGCACUGGAUUUCUCGUCGAUGUAGGACUUCACCACGUGGAGAUAGUCGCGGACAGGCAGCUACCUGGCCAUAACUCUGAGGGUGAUCCUAUUCUGUACUGUGUAGAUGCAAACGCUGGUCUAAAUGUCGGUGGUGCUCUCUGGGGGAACUUAGCUCACCUAUUCAUUGCCAAUGAAGACAGAGAUUCUCGGAUACGCUCGUUGAUUGUGGACUUAUCGCCACCGCGAUUUGCUCGCUCAUCUAUCCUGACGCGAGCUUCGGCGUUCUCGCAGUCUCAGCUGCCAUGCACGUUUUCAGCCAAGCAGUUCCAGUCGUUUUCAGCACAGGCGGAUAAAAUGGACCAAGUAGAAGAAUUGCUUGACACGCUCAACUCUGAUCAGCGCCAUGCCAUUGACCGGGCUCUAUGUGCGCAGGACUAUGCACUGAUUCUCGGAAUGCCAGGAACAGGCAAGACCACGACCAUAGCAUGUCUUGUGCGUAUAUUAGUCCUAUGUGGCAGGAGUGUGCUGCUGACUAGCUACACACACAGUGCCGUUGAUAACAUUCUACUCAAGCUGAUUGCGGAUGGUGUGGAUUUUGUUCGUCUUGGUCAGCGUCACAAGGUGCACCCUGCCGUUCACCCGUACCUAUCUGAAGUGGCAUGCAGUCAGUUCUCAACUGUGUCUCAGCUGGAACAUUUCUACACUGGCAAAAAAGUCAUGGCAACAACGUGCCACGGUAUCGGUCACUCGGCCUUGGCGCGUCAAUCGUUUGAUGUGUGCAUCGUGGAUGAGGCGUCGCAGAUCACCAUGCCGAUGUGCUUUGGACCGAUUCGCCUGGCGGAGACGUUCGUCUUGGUCGGUGAUCAGUACCAGCUGCCACCGCUUGUCCAGAGCUCACUGGCACGCGAGGGUGGUAUGUCAGUCAGCUUGUUCCGGCGCUUGGCGGAGGCACAUCCAGCCGCUGUUACCAACCUGCGACACCAGUAUCGAAUGCACAAGGAUCUAAUGCUCCUUUCCAACACAUUGGUGUACUCGCAUCGUCUCAAGUGUGGCACGGACCAAGUCGCUAGUAGCUUGCUUCGUCUGCCUAACUGGACACAGUUGAGCAGUCAUCAGACUGACCCCACGGCCGCGUGGUUGUUGAAGACGUUAUCACCUGAGCAGCCCGUCAUCUUCCUCAAUACGGAUCAGGUUCCUGGCACUGAGCAGAACUUGCCGGGCUUGGUCUACAACGAAGUUGAAGCAGCUCUCGUUGGUGUCAUUCUCAAGUCAUUGCUCAAGGCUGGUCUGCACGCGACUGACGUGGGUGUAAUAUCUAUUUAUCGGCAACAGCUGAAGGCGAUUUCCCGUCUUCUGAAGCAACUGGAGCAUCGGAAGGGAGGCACCACUCAUCAAACAGACUCCCUGGAUGCUAGCACUCAAUCCUCCGUCACAGCGUCUUCCUUGCAGGCUGUUGAAGUGAAUACUGUAGAUCGCUACCAGGGUCGUGACAAGCCGUGUGUCAUUGUCUCCCUGGUUCGCAGUAACACCAGUGGCAAGGUUGGACAGUUGUUGCUGGAUUGGCGUCGUGCCAAUGUGGCAGUGACGCGUGCCAAGCACAAGCUGAUCUUAAUUGGCUCCGUGUCAACACUUCGACGCAGUCACCUCUUCAAAUUACUACUGGACUUGGUACAGGAACAUGACUGGAUCGUCGAUGCACCGCUUGGUGCACAUUUGACUAACCCUUGUUGACAGUAUGGAUGUGCUGGUAGAUCUACUACAAGAAAUCCACUUCACAAGUUGAAGUCACUGUAAGACUAUCUACCGUGUGAGUGUGCGCGUGCUUGCACUCAUGACGUGCCAAAGCCUUGCAACGUUUGGCCGGACUCUGAACCUACUGCUGACGUAGACUACAUGCACACCAUUCCAGUGCAUUGUCAUGUGAGCUGCAUUCUGUUGCGUCUCACUACCUUACUGCUGCACUAGCUUGCCUCUCGCGCUCUAUACUGCCGCGAGACGGCUGCACAGUCCCCCUCAGAAACUACAGGGCUGCUCCAUGUAAUGUGAUCAAGCGAGUCAACGCCACGCCAGUCGCUGUGUAGCCGUAGACCUGCAAACACUGGGAUGGUGAACUGGUGCAGGGCACAAACUUGACUAAACGCGAUCGGAUUUCAUUGAGCAGUGCUCUAGCUACUUCUUGUUCAAAAGACUUCACCUUGUUCUAACAAACCUGCUGCCAUGGUUUCGCUGACAUGUCCUUCAUGUGUGGUUAUCCAUUUGCUGGGUACUAGUAUUUUACCCGUUGAGUCCAUACUUUCGAAGUUUGAUUCCCUCUUUUUUUUCAAAUUCCAGUUGCUUAUUUAUUCCAUUUCUUUCUAUCAUGAUCUGUUUUAGUUUGGCUUCACCACUCUACGCUUCGUUCUCUUUUUUGUUUGUCUGUGUUUUGACAUUCGUGCGUGUAGCAAUAUCGCCGAGUUGUCUCAUCCCAGCCUUCCCUCUCGUUGAGAUUCUGAUAACGUCUGAAGCAAUCAAGUAUGCGACUGUGCUGACAGGGUUUUACGCAGUUGUAGCUACAGUACUUGUAGCCACCAAGACCCCAUUAACCGUUUACUCGUGCCAGUGUCAGUUGUGGUGACGAACCAGCGUGAUGUCAAGUCACUAUGGAAUACUGUAAUUAUACUAUGGGUUUGUAGUGCAUGGCAGGGAGGGCCCUAUGGCUUGCUAGUGCUCUCUGGCUCCAGG